UGAGAAUGACAAAUUAACAACGAUUGGACGAACCAUUAUAUUGUGUAUUAUAUUACUCCAUCUUAAUUAUAUAUAUACUUUUCUAAGACAUAGUUUCAAAGUUCAUCGAUAUAACCCAAAUAUUUAUUCUAGUCGAUAGAGGCCAUCUCAACAUGAUACUAGUUAGAGAAGGUGAUGAAACAAUAUGUACUCACCCUCACCAUGAGGUUUUUUCUACUACUGAGGCACGUGACAUCUUGCACUCUUUAUUAGCGAAUCACCCUCAUUUGAAUUCCAUUGCUUCUGCAUACCGUUCAUUGUCGCAAGGAAUGCUUUCCCUCUCACGUAAUUCUGAUUUCCUGAUAACAAGAGAAACUAAAUGUGUUUAUGUAGCCCAAAAGGAGUAUGCUACCGUGGAUCCUUCAUUAGUUGAUGUAAUCGGCACUGAUGGGCAAGGAGGUUGUGUUGGUGUUGUCAUGCGGAACCCUAAAAGUGGAUUGAUAAGUGUUGCUCAUGUGGAUUUUCCAAAAGUUGUUGAUAAAGGCCUCAACCGAAUGUUGUCAUCCCUCCUUAUGGAUGAAGAGAGCGAGAAUGAAAUUGUUGAUGUGCAUAUAAUAAAUGGUCACAAUGAGGCACCACGUGAAGAAAGUGAAACCCGCACGGAAGGAAUUUCUUAUGAAAUUUGUGUGAAGAUAAUCGAAUUUCUUUGUAAAAGCACCAAGAGAUUCAAUAUGAAAACUUUGCACACUCUUAAUCGCAACACCAGCUAUGAUAAACAGGGAAAUUCUCAGCCAAUGUUUUCCGGUUUUUUGGUGGAAACUGCGAGUGGGUUAAUAUUUCCUGGAUGGUUUGACAACGCAACAAUAUGCCCAGAUUCAGUCGUUAGGAAAGCUCGACUAAACACUGCUCUUUUUUGCCCUGCCACUUGGGAAGAUGACAGGUUGCUAGACACAUAUGACACUCGCUCCGACAAGUUUGUUAUUACUCCCUGCCCUUGGGACAUGAAUUUUGUGAAAAGUCGUGAAGCACGCCAAAAGCUACCUGAUCGUGAAAUAAUUAACAAUUCUUUUACUACUCCCGUUAGUGAAAAAGAUGUUUCUUUCUACGCAACUUUAAUAAGAAGCUUAUACGGAGUACUACGUAGUGUGAGAAUUAUGGGAAGGCCGUACUCCGAAAGAAGCUUUGACAGGGAAUGUGAUUUUUUUAUCAAGCACCCGGAUUGGAAAGAGACAUUUCCAGCUGGACAACCCCGUAUAUUCAUAAGAGGCAUUGAUGGGAGCUGGACAAGAUCAUACAUUGAGCAUCCUCAGAUAUCCAAAAGAAGAACUGCUUCCUAGCUGAUGGGGUUUGCAUUGCCUCAAAGACCGAAGAAAGAGUUGCAAUUAGUUGUAGUGUGUCGAUUUAUGUAAACUCUCAUUUCGUUUUAGACUUACAUGUAUAUAUAGUACGUUAUGAUUAAUGUCGUUGUCCCUUCGGGGACAUCCAAUAAAAGUGGAACGAUACGUUAUGAUUGCUUCUGGGCAAAGAAGUAUCUAGUAUAUCUAUCAUAUACAUAUGUUUAAUAUUUAUAAAGCAUAUUUAAAAAAAUG